UAAUGCACGACUUACUGUAAGAGAUGGGGAGGGAAAUUGUACGCAAAGAGUCCCCGAGCAAUCCUGGUGAACGCAGCCGAUUAUGGUACUCGGAAGACAUCAUUGAUGUUCUGACAGAAAAUUUGGGAACAAAUAAAGUGGAAGCCAUAAAACUAGUUUUGCCUGAAACAGAAGAGGUAUACUUGAAUGCCAAAGCCUUCAAAAGGAUGAGAAGGCUCAGAGUGCUCAUAAUUCAUAAUGCAUAUGUAUCAGGAGACUUUGACCAUCUCUCCAACAAUUUGAGAUGGGUUGAUUGGGAGGGAUAUCCCUUACCGUCUCUGCCAGCCAAUUUUCAUCCAAAGAAACUUGUAGGCCUCUUCAUGCCAAACAGCCACAUCAAGGAUUUGGGUCAAGGAUACAAGAUUUUUAAGAACUUAAAGCACAUGAGUUUUGAAGGUUCUGGAUUCCUGACAGAGAUCCCUGACUUCUCUGUGCUCCCCAAUCUUGAGUCCUUGAUUCUCACUUGUUGCACGAGUUUACUUGAGGUUCGUGACUCCGUUGGCCUUCUUGACAGGCUUGUAACUUUGAACCUUGAAUAUUGCUAUAAUCUAAGGAAGCUUCCUACCAACCUGAAGUUGAAAUCACUCCAGACUCUUCUUCUAACCCGCUGUAGAAGACUCGAAACAUUUCCCAACAACCUCGAAAAUAUGGAAUCUUUGAAGGAACUUCGUUUGUCCAAGAUUGCGAUAAAGGAACUACCUUCUUCGAUAGGAAAUCUUGUGGGGCUAGAAGUAUUGUGUAUAUCUGGCUGCAAGAAGCUUAAAGGGCUUCCGAGUGGAAUUCAUAAGCUAUUACAUCUGAAGCAUCUUCUACUACGUAAUUGCUUCGAACUCGGUAAAUUCCUAGAUAAAACUGAAGAUAAAUGGCAAGCACCAGAAACUUCUGAUCGUAUAAAUGUUUCGACAAGUUGCAUGGAGAGCAGAGAGCAUCUGGUGUCCGUUCUUCGUGAAACAAAAAGCUUUCCCUUUGGUACUUCCCUUGAUGGAAAAUCCUUGCCGGAGUUUCCUUUUCUCCAAUCUCUGGACCUUCGAAACUGCAAUCUAACAGAAGUCAACUUCCUCAUGAAUAUGUCUUGCAUUUCAACCUUGGAGGAAUUAGAGUUCUCAUGGAACAAUUUUGUCAAGCUUCCUGCAUGGAUCAGCGAACUUGCCAACUUACGGAAAGUCGAGUUAAAUUUCUGCAGGCAGCUACAAGAAGUACCUAUUCUUCCACCAAGCAUUGAAAGUGUAAGUGCCAUAGACUGCGAGUCAUUAGAAGUAUUUUCACAGCUAUCAAACAUGGCCAACUCCCAUACCAAGGAUUUUCCCCAUGUCAAAUCUAUCAACCUCACCAACUGCCAGAGACUGGCUGAGAAUUUGGGCGACACUGUUGCAAACAUUCUUUUGAACCAGGAUCCCACAUUCAGCCUUACUUUGCCAGGUUGUGAGAUUCCAGAAUGGUUCAAGUAUCAAACCAAGAAUGGUUUCUUCUAUUUUCAAGUGCCUGAGCUUCUAUAUGCUGAGCUGGUUGGUUUUGCUCUAUGUGCUGUUGUUUCUGAAUCUUUUACCUGCGAGCUUCAAGGUACUAUCAACGGGGAAUUAGUAAUUAAGGGUGUGGAGAACUUCAUCUCACUGAAGUCAGAUCAUUUAUGGUUGCUGUAUUUUCCAUGUCCAGUAGUUAAGGCCUGGGAAGGUUGCAAUUACAUAGAAUUCUCCCUUGAAGCGAUAGAUGCUGUGGACUCUUCAAUAGAAAAAUUUAUAACGAGAUGCGGUCUUUUUCUGGAAUUCAAACAUGAGGAAAAAUUAAACUGGACACUGGAAAACAACAUCAUAUCAGCAACUCAUUAUCCAGAGGUAAUUUAUGAUGAAGAUAGUGAGGAAUCAAUGGGAAGUGCUGAUAAGCACACUGAGGAGACCGAUGCUGGGGGGGAAUAUGAGGAUGAUUCAGAGGACCAGCAAAGAGGAUAGCAAGGCAAAGUCAUCAUGUUAAGUAGUCUACGAUAAUACUUCAGAAUACAGUGAGGAAGGACUAGAAAAAUGUACAAACAAUGCUUCGUUGUGAAGAAGCGGAGAAAUAUUCUAUAGCAGCAACAUUCUAUUAGCUUUCUCGAUUGACUUUGUCAUCUCAGUUCCAGUAAGAACUUGUCGAGACUCGAGAUUCCAUUUGAAAAUCUUGUGUAUACUGAAUCUCCUCCUACCUCCCUGUUACGCAUUCAAUGCUAUAUGUCCAUGUUAAAAUGGCCAGUAGCACCUUGACUGUCAUAUACUGCAUUCUGCAUUCCAAAUAAUUUACAGAAGUUCUAACGCUAAGAAGAGGGCGACACUACUUUCCUGAUAAGAUCACUCCAUCUUCUUGCACAGUGUGUCUCAAGCGUUGUUUACUUACUUUUAGGGAUUCUUUUCUUCUCCUUUCCAUUGCACAUCAAAUUAGACCAAGGACUUCUUUCU